UCCAAACCAAAGUGGGGUCUCACCCUCCCAAGUUUUUUUCCAUCUGUUUUAUGAUGUGCAUGUGUAUAACACUGUGUUUCUGUCAGACACUGACAGCUCUUCCUCACACUCAAACUCAAUCAUACGUUAAGCCGGGCAGCCCUGGCUUCAAUUAUCUCUCUCCCUAUUCCCAUUCCUAUCCCCAUUUGUCCUUUUGCUGAUCUGUAAUCGUCUUCCUAAAACCCCAGAGUGGCCAGUUUUGUUAUCUUCUUUACCCAAAAGGCAGAAACUACUCAACUCUUGCAGAGAUUUCCAAGUUUUGUUUUUGUUCCCAAUUUUGGUUGCUUAUGUGAUUCAUUUAUUGACCAAAUGCCUAUAUUUCCUUUAGGCCCUCUUUACUCAUUUCUCUCUUCUUCUGGGUCGGUGGUUCUUGCUCUCUGUUGCUUCACACAAUCAUUAAUGCUGUUUGUUGAAAGGAAAAACCUUUUAUUAUGUAGUAGUGGUUGAUGGUUUGGGUUUUAAUUUAAUCAGGAAUCUUCAUAUUUUUCCUGAAAAGGAUGGUCACCAUUAUUAUUGGCAAAAGCACACUUACACCUACCAAGCAUGAAUCUUGUGCAAUGCAUGUUCCCCUUGUUAUGUGUUUUGUGUGAUUAAACCCUUCUUUGGUAUCAAAUAUUAUUUGCUUCUAAAGCUUUGUUCCCAUUUUGCCAAUCUCGGCAACCCUGUCAAAGUCCACAGAUGCAAUCUGGGUACUCUGGAAAAAGGUAAAAGGAGGCUCUUUUACCACUUGGGUGCUCACAAAUCUGUGCUCCCAAUCAGGGUUUUGUGUAAAAAUUGAAUCUUGGAGGUUUUUCUCAUCUGGGUUUUGAGAAAAGUCUCAAUCUUGAGGCUUUUCUCAACUGGAUUUUGGAGUUUUUGGGUUUCUGUGUUAUGUGGUAUUGGAGUUGGAGGUGAGGGGUGUCCAGAUCAUAACAAAUGGCGAAUCUUGUCCCUGGUGUGCUGCUCAAGCUCUUGCAGCAUAUGAACACAGAUGUGAAAGUGGCUGGGGAGCACAGGUCGUCUCUGUUACAAGUUGUGAGCAUUGUUCCAGCUCUGGCAGGGGGUGAGCUUUUCCCAAACCAAGGCUUCUAUCUCAAGGUAUCAGAUUCCUCUCAUGCAACUUAUGUAUCUCUGCCUGAUGAGCAUGAUGAUUUAAUUCUCAGUGAUAAGAUUCAAUUGGGUCAGUUUAUUCAUGUGGACCGGCUUCAAGCCGCCACACCGGUCCCUAUACUUCAUGGUGUUAGGCCUGUUCCUGGGAGGCACCCUUGUGUGGGGAGCCCUGAGGACAUUGUUGCUACACAUUCUCUUGGUUUUCUUAACAAUGAUGCAAAGUCGGGUUCUAAAAAUGGAGAGAAAGUGAAAUCUGAGUCUAAAGUAUUAGGAAGUGGUUAUGGUGGAACAAGAUUAAAUGGUAAUAGUGCCAAGGAGGAGAAAUUAGAUAAGAAACCGGGAGCUUUUGAUAGAUCAAAGUCUCAGCUAUCCAAGCCAUCAAUGAAUAUAGAGGUGAAGAAGGAAUCCUUGACCAGAUUGAGGUCCUUGAAUUCAAGGUCUAUUCCAUCAUCUCCAACAGGUUGUUAUUCAUUGCCAACGUCUUUUGAGAAAUUUUCGAACAGUGUCAAGAGCCAGGGAAAAGUAAAGGCAACAGCUAAGGCCGGAGGUAUAGAAAAGACUAGUUCUGUUCGUGGGGUGAGUCCAGAUGGGAGAAAGUCAUUUUCGGGAAACCCAAUGAGGAAUUUGGUUCAGGGAUUUGAUAUGGGGGCCAAGGCUCUGAGGAAGAGCUGGGAAGGAAAUAUGGAGGUGAGGAGUAGAGAGAGUUCAAAAUCAAAGGAUACCAGACGUGAUUCAAAGUUAGAAGUUCGCAUACCUGGUCCUAGGAAAAGUAUAUCAAAUGAGAGGUUGCCGUCUAAAGAGGAACCAAAGAUGCAGAUAUCUACAAAGUCAUUGAAGGAGGAGAAUAAGGUUCAACAGUCUACAAAGAAAGUUGCAGCAAAUGGAACGUUGGGCGAUCAAGACAGGUCAAUUAAACCAAGAAUAGCAGCUGGAAAGAAAUCAUCGGAUGCAUCUAACAAUGGAUUUCCUGGAAACUUGGUCAAGGUUCCUUUAAAUAACAGAAAACUAACAGAUGGUGGUUUUCCAUGGGCUUCACUUCCAUCAUCAGUUGCAAAGCUUGCAAAGGAAGUUUUGAGGCACAGGGAUUCAGCACAAAUGGCAACAAUAGAGGCAAUGCAGGAAGCUUCUACUGCAGAGAGCUUACUACGAUGUUUGAGCAUAUAUUCUGAGCUAAUUACCUCUGCCAAGGAAGAUAAUCCACAGCCUGUGGUAGAGCAGUUUUUAGCCCUCCAUGCUAGCUUGAAUAAUGCUCGUCUAGUAGCUGAUUCUCUAUCCAAAGUUACACCAGCCGGUUCAUCCCCAGAUCGUGAAGGGACCCCAUCAGAAGAAGUGCUAAAGGUUACAUCUGAGAGGUGGAAACAGGCAGCAUAUUGGGUACAAGCUGCAUUAGCGACUAAUUUGUCUUCCUUUGCUGUCUUUAGUAAAGAGACCAAUUCAACCUCUGUUCCGGGUUCAGCUUCCUCUCAAAACCAAAAGAAUGUCUCUGCAAAUCAACCCAUCUUAGUUCUAGACAACUCUACCAAGAAUGGGACGACAAAAUCCCAGGGAAAAAUUCGCCAGACAGUAGGCUCCAAGGUUGGUGCAACACCAGGGACUCCUCGACGAGUCGGGGAUGGAUCAGCCCUCAGUCAAAAACCACAAGCACAACCUCUACCUGAAUGGAUUAAAGGAAAUGGGCUAUAUGAGACUGUCGACUUGGCCGAAAUGUUGCGACUGCACUCACAAGAUUGGUUCUUGAAAUUUGUGGAGAGGUUCCUCGAUGCUGAUGUGGACACUUCAGCUUUGUCGGAUAAUGGUCAAAUAUCAGGAAUGUUAACUCAGCUCAAGAGUGUGAAUGAUUGGUUGGAUAGUAUUGGUUCUAACACAGAUGCAGAAGAAGCAACUGCUGUUUCUGAAGAGACCAUUGACAGGCUACGGAAAAAGAUCUACGACUAUCUUCUUACACAUGUCGAAUCUGCUGCCGCCGCUCUUGGUGGAGGACCACAGUCAUCACCACGGCUUCCAACAACAGAAACAAAAGUUAGAAAAUGAAUCAAUUUAUAUACUGCACUGUAGUUUGGUACUGCUGAGUUUUAGUGUCCUGCAUUUGGCUUCAUGCAUUACCUAUCCUCGAAGCCGAGCCCUUAAACCACCAAGUGGUCCGAGGAGCUCGGUUCGACUGUGUACAUAUAUAUCUCACAUGGGUCCGAGGAGAGGGGUAUAGAUGGCAAAUGGUGGCUAGUUAGAAGAGAGAAUUUGAGUUGAAAGUGCAACAUAUGUUUUUUUUCUUCUUGUUCCUUUGAUCCUUUAUACAGCUUGUUUCAUGAGAGGGGUGACAGGAAAUCAAAAUAGUUUUGGGGAGUUGGAGGUUUGAAAUUUCUUCGUAUAUUGUGGCUUGAUUAUAUGCCUUGUUGAACCUCAUAGAGGGUGGAGACUUG